AUGUCUCAACCAAUGCUUGGAUGCCAGAUCGCCCCGCAAUAUCAUCACGAAUAUGACUCCAGCUCAUCCGGGGACUCCGACACAGGAGAGCGAGCCCUCGCAGCUACAGACUCUGCUUGCGCACAGCAGGAAGCCACCAUUUUCCAAAGCGAGACGAACAACGGUAUCAAUUCUGUUUCAAGCAGGCCGACAACACUACAGCGUGGCCGCACGAAGAGCAGCCGCCGGAUCGAACUCGAGCAGAAGCCCGUUGGAUUUUUCCACUCGUCCAUGGCCGGCGUCAGGUUACAUGUAAUCAAGCUCUGGUUCCGGACGAAUCUCAUCCUCGCUAUCGCUAUCAUGGCCUUCUUGUGUCUCUUUUGGGGUGCAUUGUUUCGUCAGAAUGCGAAUGUUAAAAGCCUGAGCAUCUGGGUUGUCGAUUUCGAUGGUCAGCCGCCUUAUGCAGGGGUCACACCAUUCGUGGGUCCGUUCGUUACUCAGGCUAUUCACGACAUCAUCGACGAGGGUGGCGUGGGUACGAGACAAUGUCUACGACUUUCACGCAUGGGCGCCGUCAUCAUCAACCCCAAUGCAACAGCGAUGCUUGAGGCAGCAGUGAGGCAGGGAAACGCGAGUUACGAUCCCUUGGGGGCUUGCCAGAUCAUCUAUAACUCUGCGCGUGAUCAGACUACGUCCUCGACUUACAUCUUACCUAGCAUGAACACGCUCCAAAAGCGCGUUGUGACCGAUUUUGGUCGCGCGUGGAUCACACAUCUCCUCCAGAACAAUCUCUCGGUCAUUGACAUGCACGUCGACGUUUCGCCCCAAGCUCUCGCUCCAGGAAUCGAAUUCGCAGUGUAUGAUCUCCGCCCUUUUGGGCCAUCUAUCGCGACACCCGCGUAUCUCUCGCCUAGAGGUCAUCCACCGCUGCACUUCUACCAGCUCAUUAUCUGGCGUUAUGUCGCAACAGUCGCGUCUUACUUUCUACUCUCGCUCGUCUAUUCCCUCGUCAGCCUUGCCUUUCUCAUGCCUAUGGACCAUCCCAAAGCAGCCCACGAUCAGCCCGCCAAUAACCCCAACGCAUACGGUAGCGGUACGUUUGUGGUAUACUGGAUGGUCAACUGGAUCGGUAUGACCGCGUUUGGUCUGGCGAGCGAGAAUAUGGCCAUGCUUUUGGGAACCCCUGGACAGCUCUGUGGUUGA